AUGCACAUUGCUGCAUUUCUUGAUCAGCCCACUCCAGAUGAUCAGACCCUGGGCCAUGAAAGGCGUCUGGCCCUAGCCUUGGACAUUGACCAGGCGACUCGCAUUUUGGAGCAGCCCCGUCCUGUGGAUAGGCAUUCCCCGAACAUUUUGCCCGACCACAGCCCAUUCGUCUGGAGGAACAAUGGUUGGACUCGAAAGCUGCUGCCUCGCUCUGUGGUGAACACGGAGGCAGACACGUCACCCAACGAGAAAGCCGUGCCCACGGUUCCCUUCAGAGUUCUGGACGCUCCCAACUUGAAGGACGACUAUUACUGCUCUGUUUUGGCCUAUAGCUAUACCUGUCAUACCUUGGCAGUCGCACUGACCCAGAAGGUAUACAUCUGGACAGAACAAUACGGCGUCAGGUAUCCGCCACUGCCUCCAGCCCGACCGGCGAACUUUGUGACCUCUCUAGCAUUUUCAUCAGAGAGUGGAGGUCAAGCCAUCUUGGCCGUUGCAAGGAAUAGCGGCAACGUCUCGCUCUGGAGUCUGCUGGAAGCCAGACCACGAUUUGACGCGCCCCAUCCGUAUGCGGCUUCUUUCGUGUCUUUCAAACCUACUGUGACGUCCCGACCAUCGAUUACAGGAACAGGUCUUGUCUCAUGUGAGGACCUGCUGGUUGGUGACGACAUUGGAAGGAUCUACUAUUACUCCCUGGAGUGGCCUGAGUCGGCACCAGGAUCAAUGACGCUGUUGGCCAAGAUUGAUGCUCACUCUCAAAAUAUCUGUGGAUUGGCCUGGUCUCCUGAUGGGCAGCACUUUGUGUCGGGAGGUAAUGACAAUCGAGCGCUCCUGUUCGACCCUGAGCUCAUCCUUGACCUGGUUGGUGAGCAUGUACCGUCCGAAACCGAAACCGACAAUGUACCAGCAGAAACCCUGGCAGAAAGCCAGGCUCACCACCAGGAAACAGUCGCGAGCGGGCUACUGACACCUCCUGAUACUACGGAAAGGAAUGAUGCAUCGCCACAACAAGGUUACACAGACCCAAACGUCCCGACAAUAAUUGUCCACGGAUUGGCCACUCCGCCGCCUACUCCCAUCCAGCGCGGACGCACGUCGACUCGUGUCUCCAAUGCCGACCAACAUUGGGCGCCCGGCCGUAACGGAGCAACUCUUAGAGAUAAUGUCCCCUUGCUACGAAAUGGUCUCGCAAACCCCGACAUCCCUGGCCACGCAAACAUGCACAUCUACUCAUUCUACCAUGCGGCUGCGGUCAAAGCGCUUGCGUUUGCCCCGUGGCAACCCAACCUCCUCGCCACUGGAGGUGGAAGCAAUGAUCGCCAGAUUCAUUUCUUUCACACUGGCUCCGGGGCUCUUCUGGCGCUGAUCAACGUCUUCUCCCAAGUGACCAGUCUGCCAGAACAUGAGAUCCGCAUUGCCGUCUUCAGCUGGCCGAGUUGCGAAUGCGUCGUCAGCAUCCCCUGGGACCGGAAGCAGAACAACGAGGUAGGCCGUGCACUGUGGGCAAUCCCGUAUCCAGGAGGACCCAACGACGCUGUUCCCAGUCGGAGACAGAGCGACUCUUCUGAUGGAUUUUCGACUUGGGAAGCUGUUCGCCAAAGGGAGGCGGAGCGUGCGGAGGCGGAGGCAGAAGCAGAAGCUAGCGACACAGGUGAUGGUGAUGGUAUUUUUGAGCCGGCUCCUCGGCGCCCUUUCUUACGCCGCAGCCCGGAAAGGACAGGAACAGAAAGCUCGGGACGACCUGGUCCUUGGAGCCGACCAGCAGAGAACAUUCAUCGAGGAGAUCUUCUCCGUGGUGAAGGCGAACCGUGGGCCUCGCGGACCGAGGAUGAAGGUAGUCUGAUCAUUGCAUGCUGCGAUCAAACAGUCAAGUUCUUUGAAGUCUGGGCCGGCAAAAGCAAAGGCAAGGGAAGGGGAUUGGGCAACAAACUGGGCGUGUUGGGUGGAAGCCGUGUGUUGGAAGGUUGGUGCGAGGGCGUCAGUGUGGAUGAGAUUGGGUCGGGCGAAGUGAUUCGGUAG